UCAGAAUGUCAGUACAAGUGACUCAAGCGAACCGGAUCACAUUACUGAGUGACUCAGAUUAACCCGAGUCCAUAAAAUGAACCGAAUUUACCACCACCUCUAGUAGCAUUGCGCCCAGUUCAAAUCAAACAUGGAGGAACGUGAAAGAAAAGCUGCAACUCAGACAACUUCGAUUGUUUGUAAAGAAUCUGACACGUGUACUGAAGAGAAAGCAGAUACAGACUGCGAAAUAAAUCGAGAUCUUGAUGAGAAACUGGAUAUCAGUUCAGAUCAGUUUGAUCCGCUGCUGGCUCUGUACUCAUCACAAGUUCCUCUGCCCUAUCCUGAUGUUAAAUGCUUUAAUAACAUCGCGGAGUAUGAGAGCUUUAUAAAAGGAGGACGAGGUCGGGCCAAACCCGAAAAUGUGGAGAAAAAGCUCCGAAAAGCCAGAAAGGGUGUAGCAGACCCGGAGAGGAUAGAACGAUUAAAACGCCUCAUGGUGAACAACCCGACUGAAGAGGGAGAAGGGAGUGGAAAGAAACAGACCAGAAAACAAAAACCACGCAAAAAUGUUCUCACCCGGAUGUCAUUGCAUGAAGGGAGUCCGUUAGGAGAGCUGAACCGCUGUGUGCAGCAGAGAGUCCGUGUCAAAGUUCACAUCCGUACCUUUAAGGGACUUCGGGGAGUCUGCACUGGCUUUGUGGUGGCUUUUGACAAAUUCUGGAACCUGGCGAUGGUGGAUGUUGAUGAAACCUACAGAGAGCCUUUACUUGGACAGGCAUUCUAUCAUGAAAAAGCACUGACUGUUACAAGGCUGUUUGAAAAAUUGAGUGUUCAGGAAAGGCAGGAGCUCAGCACUGUACAGAAGGAUUCUGGAAAAGGAGGAAAAGUGAAAGGUUCUUCAAAACAAGACAAACGGACCACUGAGCAUCAACUUGCUGCUAGAAGCAGCACUGCAAGGGCUCAAGAGCCAAGUCAAGCACAGGAGAGAUCUGUAACAAGCCAGGUAGCGAAGAGCACUGCUGUUUUUCAGGGAUCUGAUGCUAGUUCGAAGCAGAAGCUAAAAGCCUCUAAGCCAAGAGUGGAGUACGGUCGAGUGCGCACCCGUCACGUCAAUCAACUUUUUAUCCGGGGAGAAAAUGUUCUCCUUGUGAAUGUACAGCAAGAGUAGUGGUAAGGGACUGAACACUGUUUCUGAUUGUAAAAGCACAAAUAAGGGCUUAUUUAUGUAUCAUAUUGAUAUAUAUGCGAUCCUACUUGUUUAAGUAGGGAAAUAAAGCUCAUAAUCCUU